AUGGGGAAUGUUCCUGAGGGUGCUGAGCCUGAAAUAAUUUCAACCAUCAAAAAGACAUUUAACUUUGGUCAAAGUGAAGCAGUUCAUUUGUUUCAGACGCUGAUGGAAUGCAUGAAGAAAAAAGAACUUAUUACAGUUUUUCAUAUUGGGUCAGAUGAGCAUCAGGACAUUGAUGUUGCAAUACUUACAGCAUUGUUAAAAGGCACGAAUGCAUCUGCAUUUGACCAGCUUGUUCUUACACUUGCGUGGGAUAGAGUCGACAUAGCCAAAAAUCACGUUUUUGUCUAUGGGCAACAAUGGCUGGUUGGCUCUCUGGAACAGGCUAUGUUAGAUGCCCUUGUGAUGGAUAGAGUUGCAUUUGUGAAACUUCUGAUUGAAAAUGGAGUAAGCAUGCACAAAUUUCUUACAAUUCCCAGGCUGGAAGAGCUUUAUAACACAGGAAAUCUUCCUCCAGGAUAUAAAAUCAACCUGAUUGAUGUGGGGCUGGUUAUUGAAUAUCUAAUGGGAGGAACCUAUAGAUGCACCUACACAAGAAAACGCUUUAGAGCGAUAUACAAUAGUCUCAGCGGGAACAAUCGGCGAUCUGGACGAAAUCCUUCAAAUAUUACUCCUCAGAUGUGUAAAAGCCAUGAGUCUUUUGGUAACAGGGCAGACAAGAAAGAAAAAAUGCGCCAUAAUCACUUCAUCAAAACAGCGCAGCCAUACAAACCAAAGAUUGACACUGGUGCAGAAGAAGGAAAGAAGAAAAGAACCAAAGAUGAAAUAGUAGAUAUAGAUGAUCCUGAAACGAGACGUUUUGCUUAUCCUCUCAACGAGCUGUUACUUUGGGCAGUGUUAAUGAAGAGGCAGAAAAUGGCCCUCUUCUUCUGGCAGCAUGGAGAGGAGUCCAUGGCGAAAGCCUUAGUUGCUUGCAAGGUGUAUCGUUCAAUGGCAUAUGAAGCGAAACAAAGUGACCUUGUUGAUGAUACUUCAGAAGAACUGAAACAGUAUUCCAAUGAGUUUGGUCAGCUGGCAGUUGAACUGUUAGAACAGUCAUUCCGACAAGAUGAAACUAUGGCAAUGAAAUUACUAACCUAUGAGCUUAAAAACUGGAGCAACUCAACUUGUCUGAAGCUAGCAGUGUCAUCGAGGCUUCGUCCAUUUGUAGCACAUACUUGUACACAAAUGUUGUUAUCAGAUAUGUGGAUGGGAAGGCUGAACAUGAGGAAGAAUUCAUGGUACAAAGUGAUACUGAGUAUUUUACUGCCUCCUGCUAUACUGCUGCUGGAAUAUAAGACCAAGGCUGAAAUGUCACAUAUUCCUCAAUCUCAAGAUGCACAUCAAAUGACUAUGGAUGACAGUGAAAACAACUUCCAGAAUGCAGCAGAUGAUAUUCCUAUGGAGGUAUUUAAAGAAGUAAGGAUCUUGGACAAUACUUUAGAAAAGCAUGAUAUGGAGACUCCGGCAAAACCUAAAAGACUUCCAAUUACACAGAAAUUUUAUGCAUUUUAUCAUGCACCAAUUGUCAAGUUUUGGUUUAAUACGUUGGCAUACUUAGGAUUCCUCAUGCUCUACACUUUUGUGGUUCUUGUAAAAAUGGAGGAGUUACCAUCCGUUCAAGAAUGGAUUGUUAUUGCUUACAUUUUCACAUCAGCAAUUGAGAAAAUUCGUGAGAUCUUUAUGUCAGAGGCUGGGAAGAUUAAUCAGAAGAUUAAAGUGUGGUUCAGUGAUUACUUCAAUAUCAGUGACACAGUUGCCAUUGUCACUUUCUUCAUUGGGUUUGCAUUAAGAUUUGGAGCAAAGGGGAAUUUUGGUGAAAACACUUACAGAGAAAAUUAUGUCUUUGUUGCUGGAAGAAUAACGUACUGUCUCAAUAUAAUUUUUUGGUAUGUGCGAUUACUGGAUUUUCUAGCUGUAAAUCAACAGGCUGGCCCUUAUGUUAUGAUGAUUGGGAAAAUGGUGGCCAACAUGUUUUACAUUGUGGUGAUUAUGGCCCUUGUACUACUUAGUUUUGGUGUUCCCAGGAAGGCAAUAUUGUAUCCUGAUGAGGCACCCUCUUGGACUCUUGCUAGAGAUAUUGUGUUUCAUCCAUACUGGAUGAUUUUUGGUGAAGUGUAUGCCUAUGAAAUUGAUGUAUGUGCAAAUAAUUCUGAUGAAAAAGUUGCUCAUCUCUGUGGCCCAGGAACAUGGUUGACUCCAUUUCUUCAAGCUGUCUACCUCUUUGUACAGUACAUAAUUAUGGUUAAUCUCCUUAUUGCAUUUUUCAACAAUGUGUAUUUGCAAGUCAAGGCAAUUUCAAACAUUGUGUGGAAGUAUCAACGCUAUCAUUUCAUUAUGGCCUACCACGAAAAACCUGUCCUGCCUCCACCACUUAUUAUUCUUAGCCACAUGGCUUCCCUGUUCUGUUGUAUAUGUAAAAGAAGAAAGACAGACAAGACUUCAGAUGGGCCAAAACUCUUCCUGACAGAAGAAGAUCAAAAGAAACUCCAUGAUUUUGAAGAGCUGUGUGUUGAGAUGUAUUUCAAUGAAAAGGAUGAUAAAUUUCAUUCUGGAAGUGAGGAGAGGAUUCGAGUCACAUUUGAACGGGUGGAACAAAUGUGCAUUCAGAUAAAGGAAGUUGGUGAUCGUGUCAACUACAUAAAACGAUCAUUGCAGUCUUUAGAUUCACAGAUUGGCCACCUACAGGAUCUCUCCGCUCUAACUGUGGAUACUCUGAAAACACUGACUGCGCAGAAAGCUUCAGAAGCUAGCAAGGUUCAUAAUGAAAUCACACGGGAAUUGAGCAUUUCAAAACAUUUGGCACAAAACCUCAUUGAGGAUGGCUCUUUAAGAUCUUCUGUUUGGAAAAAGCACAGCAUUGGGAAUGUCUUCAGUUCUUUUCCCCAAGGAGGCCUUGAAAGUAAUAAUGCUUUACUCUGUAACGUUUCUAUACGUGAUGAAAAAGAGGUCCAACAUAAGACAAUUGGUCAGGAAUUAGCUCCCCGAAAAGAAGAAAUAAACUUUCAAGAGGCAGGUUCCUCAGGCAGUGCCUUAUUUUCAAAUGCUAUUUCUCCCCCAGAACUUCGCCAGCGAAUACAGGCUGCAGAGAUCUCAAAAUCGAGUAGUAAAAGUAAAAAAUUAGGCAAUUCAUCCAACAGCAUGCCACAUGUAACGUCCCCAACAGCUAAAUUUUUUGUUAGCACUCCAUCUCGGCCCAGUUGCAAAAGUCAGCUGGAUUCUUCAGCAAAGCGUGAAGAGACUGUUUUCUCUAAAGCUACAGAAGGAGAUAAUAAUGUAGAAUUUGGUGCAUUUGUGGGUAAGUAUAAAAAAGUAGAUUCUGAAUGUCCUGAAGUCAUUAUUAGCUGCUCUUAUCCUCUUGCUUCUGGCUCUGCUUGCCUUGCUUUCACCCAACCUUGUGUUGAAAAUGGAGGAUACAUUAAUUGUGGUUUUAUUCAUGAUGAGAGUGACACUAACGAUAACUACAGCUGCAGAGUUGACAAAUGUGAUCUCCAGUCCUCUGUCAACUUAUUGAAGAACAAGCCCCAUACGAAGUUUUCUUUGUCAACUGGCGACUUGACAUCAACAGUCAACUGUGGUGGCUCACAUCGAAAAUUGAAUAUUAAAGAUGAACUUUCCAAAAGUCAGCAUGUCCAUGCAAUGGAACUACAAAACCAAGAUUUAUGUUCUAACAUCCUUAUGGGACUACUUCAUAAACUGUGGACCAAAUCUAAGCCACAAGGUCACAGAGACAGCAUGGAGUUACAGCGGUUUAAAGAGGCGGCAAGCAAGAUUAAAGAAAGAAGUGCUGAUAUUGAGGAGCAACAGGAAGACUUCAAAAAAGCUAUAUUGGAGGGCAUAGAGACAACCAGACUUCAAGUAAGUAAAGAAGGUUUCCAAUUAUUAGAGACAUUAUUUUCACCAGAUACCAAAUGUAUUCUUUAUAGUGAAGACAGGGAACUCUAUUUUCUUCUAGUGUUAUCGGGUCUUCAGACUGACUGUGGUCUAAGACAAUCUAGUUCUUGCGGUGCGUUUACUGACCCUCUGACAGGCCAUUCAGAACAACUGUACAACAAGAGUAGAAGAGCAUCGAGUGAAGACACUCAGCAAGCAGACUCUAAAGCAGCCUUGCUGACGGAUUGGUUACAAGGUAGACCUUCAAAUAGCAGUCAAAUGCCAUCUGAAGAAGAUGCAUUGAAUGGCAUUGCUUCUCCUUUCAAGCCUAUCAUGGAUAUCAAUUACUAUUACUCAGCUGUAGAAAGAAAUAACUUGAUGAGAUUAUCACAGAGCAUUCCAUUCACUCCGGUGCCUCCAAGAGGUGAACCAGUCACCGUGUACCGCCUUGAAGAAAGUUCUCCCAGCAUCUUGAACAACAGCAUGUCUUCCUGGUCACAACUCGGACUCUGUGCUAAAAUUGAAUUUUUAAGUAAAGAGGAGAUGGGAGGAGGUUUACGUCGAGCUCUUAAAGUAGUAUGCACAUGGUCAGAAUAUGAUAUCCUGAAAUCAGGACAUCUUUAUAUCAUCAAGUCUUUUCUUCCUGAAGUUGUGAAUACUUGGUCAAGCAUUUAUAAGGAGGACACUGUGUUACACUUAUGCUUAAGAGAAAUUCAGCAGCAGAGGGCAGCGCAGAAGCUCACCUUUGCUUUCAAUCAAAUGAAGCCCAAAUCCAUUCCAUACUCUCCAAGGUUCCUGGAAGUUUUCCUGUUAUAUUGUCACUCAGCUGGCCAGUGGUUUGCUGUUGAAGAGUGCAUGACUGGAGAGUUUAGGAAAUACAACAACAAUAAUGGUGAUGAAAUAAUUCCAACUAACAUGCUUGAGGAGGUUAUGCUAGCUUUCAGCCAUUGGACAUAUGAGUAUACAAGAGGAGAAUUGUUGGUACUAGAUCUGCAAGGUGUUGGUGAAAAUUUGACAGAUCCCUCUGUGAUAAAAGCUGGAGAAAAAAGUAAGUGUAAGCAUGACUCCAUUUGCUUGGAAAGUGUGAAGCACUCCUGCAAUGAACUGAUGGAGGAGCUGAACAGCCAGUGCCCGGGGCUCACCGGCCUGAGGAAUCUGGGCAACACGUGCUACAUGAACACAAUUUUGCAGUGCCUCUGCAGCCUGCCGCCACUCGUGGAGUAUUUCCUCUCAGAAAAGUAUAAAGCAGCUCUACACAAGGAGAAUGGUGACUCCGCGGCUGCCUUUGGCCGUUUGCUGUCUGACAUGUGGCUUGGAGAGUUCGACUGUGUUUCCCCAGAGGUUUUUCAUUCAGUACUUGCGAAGAGGUACCCAACUUUUCGCAAGAGGACGCAGCAGGAUGCACAGGAGUUUCUGAUCUGUGUGCUGAAUGAGCUCCAUGAGGCUCUCAAGAAGUCAAGCCAAAGAAGGUGCAAAACCAGUGCAAAAGCAAGUGGAGGGAGUGUCAGCGAAACCUCUAUUAUCACCCAGUUAUUUGAGGGACAGCUGAGUUACGAUAUCACCUGUCAGGAAUGCAGGACCACCACCAGCAGACCCGAGACCUUCACUGUUCUUUCCCUGCCCAUCCCUUCUAGGAGCACAUGCUCUCUGCAGGAUUGUCUCAAGUGCUUCUUUCAGCAAGACACACUGACUUGGAACAACCAAAUCCACUGUUCCUGGUGUGGAACUAAACGAGAUGCUGCAGUGAAGGCCACCAUAACCAAGGCACCACAGAUCGUUAUUUUUCACCUGAAGAGGUUUGAAUGGCAAGGCAAGCACAGAAGGAAACUCUUGACUGACAUCCGCUAUCCCCUCAGCAACCUGGAUCUCUCUCCUUACAGUUCCCCACUUUCCUGCAAGGAUGCCAAGUACAGCUUGUGUGCUGUAGUGAACCACGUUGGUUUUCUGGACGAUGGCCACUACACGGCAUUCUGCAAGCACUCGGUUACUGAAAACUGGUACAGCUUUGAUGAUGCGCAGAUCACCAGGAUCCCAGAUUCCUCAGUGCAGACUGGCACAGCUUAUCUCCUGUUCUACACCUGUCCAGACCUUCUCUGCACCCCUUAA